AUGGACACGAGGUAUUUCGGGCCCGCUGCCUGGUCCGACCAGGAGUGGCAGGACAUUGCCCAGCAGGUCCCCAAGGAGACAGACCCCUUCCUCCAGAAGUACCUCGAGGGCCGUGAUGCUCUGAUCGCCCAGGAAAACUCCCAGCGCAGCGACGCCUCUUUCCGCAAGAACCUGUCUCCCAUUGCUAGAAAGGCCUGCGAUAUUGUCAGCCGUAUCCGCGAUGAGGAGAGCAGGACAAUAUGGACACCCGCCCUCGAGGACUCAAUCGCCCAGCAGUCAGACGUAACUGUCCACCCGGGCAUGAUGUUUUCUCUUUCCAAGGAGCGCAUGGAGCAGACCAAGCUGUGGCACAUUGUCCGCAAGAUGCCCAAGGGCACACUCCUCCACUCCCACCUCGACGCCAUGGUCGACUUCCACUUCCUCUUUGAUGUCCUCUUUGACACCCCUGGCAUCCACAUGAUGUCGGACCGGCCCCUCGUCUCCGACGAAGACCUCCGCGAGGCGCAGCUGCUCUUCCGCUAUUUUAAAGAGCCCCGGACCCAGGGCAAUGUCUGGGACAAGGACGACUACACCCCCGAGACGCCCAUCGUCCUUGCGCAGGCCGCCGAGUCCUUCCCCAACGGCGGCAAGCAGGGCUUCCGCAAGUGGCUGUACGGCCGGUGUACACUCUCCCAGACCGAUGCUGUCGCGCAGCACCACGGCAUCGACGACAUCUGGCGCAAGUUUGCCAUGUGUUUCCGCGUGUGCAACUCGAUGAUCCACUACGAGCCCAUCUUCCGCGCCUUUCUCCGCAGACUCAUGUCCCAGCUCAAGGCCGACGGGAUCAACUACAUCGAGCUGCGCUUCGCCUGGGCGCUAGACUACUGCAGGGAAGGGCACGAGGAACCAGAAUCCGACUUCACCGCCAUGAUGGACCACCUGGCCGACGAGAUCGCCAAGUUCAAGGCCACGGAAGAGGGCAAAGGGUUCUGGGGCAUCCGCACGAUUUGGACGUCACUGCGCUUCUUCCCCGACCGCUCCAUCGUCCAGGACAUGGACAACUGCAUCACCACCAAGAUCACACAUCCCGAGCUCAUCGCUGGCUACGACCUCGUCGGCCAGGAGGACACGGGCAGGCCGCUCCGUGACCUGCUCCCCGAGAUCUUCUGGUUCCGGAAGCAGUGCGCCGAGGAAGGCGUCAACAUCCCCUUCUUCUUCCACGCAGGCGAGACGCUGGGCAGCGGCAGCGACACGGACCACAACCUCUUUGACGCGAUCCUGCUCGGCACGCGCCGCAUCGGGCACGCAUUCAGCCUGUACAAGCACCCGCUGCUCAUCGAUCUCGUCAAGGAGAAGAAGAUCCUCGUCGAGUCGUGCCCCAUCUCCAACGAAGUCCUCCGGCUGUGCGGCUCGGUCAUGUCCCACCCCCUGCCGGCCCUGCUCGCAAGAGGUGUCGCGUGCUGUCUGUGCAACGAUGACCCGGCCAUGCUGGGCCAGGACACUGCCGGCUCGACGCACGACUUCUGGCAGGCCCUCCAGGGAUGGGAGAAUCUCGGUCUCGCCGGGUUGGGAAGCCUGGCCGAGAACAGCAUCCGCUGGGCCGCAUUCGAGGAUCAGACGCCCGACGAGUGGGCAAAGGAUCUACGCGAGGCGAGCUUGGGAGACACCCUCAAGGCACAGAGGCUCAGGGAGUGGCAGGUCGAGUGGGAAAAGUUCUGUCUCUGGGUGGUCACGGAAUAUGGUGGCGAGGAUGAAUGA